UCCAAAUUACCCGCGCAAAGAGAAAAGCACCGAUGAAAGCGUUCAGAGGAGGAAGAAGAAGAGGGAAAAACACAAAACAAAACAAAACAAUCUCCGAUUCCGGACACUUCCAUGGCGGCGGAGCCUCGCGACGGAGGGUUCGAGAAGGAGAAGGAGGAGGAGGAGGCGGCGGCGGAGAGGGCGGAGCUGCUCCGCGACCGCUUCCGCCUCUCCGUCAUCUCCAUCGCCAACGCCGAGGGUUUCGAUUCUCCAUUCUCUACUCUCUCUCUCUUUGUUUUCUUUUCUUCUAAAUCCUUCUUCUUAAUUUCUCUUAGAGCAGCUGAGAAGGUCGUGAUGGGGAUCUCGGAGCCCGUCGUGGCGUGCAUUGCUGAUCUCGCCUUCAAGUAUACUGAGCAGCUGGCGAAGGAUGUAGAGUUAUUUGCACAACAUGCUGGUCGAAAAUCUGUUAACAUGGAAGAUGUUAUACUCUCAGCACAUAGAAAUGAUCACUUAGCAGGUCUACUGAGAUCAUUUUCGCAAGAGCUGAAAGGAAAGGAGCCCCAGACAGAAAGGAAGAGGAAAAAAUCUUCAAAGAGUGAUGAUAAAGCGCUCGCUAGCUGAUGCCGAACUUUUCGUUGUAUAUCUCUUUACUCUGCUUUUUAACUAGUUUUGAUUUGACUCGAAUCAUGAACUGCUUACUGUUGAGAAAAAAAAAAGGGUGAUUUUGUCUACCGAUUUUGAAUAUGCAAUAUGUUUAUCUAGUGUGCCAUAAAUCUUCUUCAGAGUGAUGCAUUUGCAUUUUUCUGGAGUUGUUUGUUGGUAAAAGUGUACUGAGAUCCCCAUAACUAUAUGUCAUUUUCAGUAGUCUCUCAAACUUUAUAUGUUUUGAUUAGCACCCUUUACUUUGGAUUGUUUUA